ACCUGCAGCUGCUGCGCGUCACGAGUGGAAACAUAAGCGUGGAUUUUAUUUUUGUCAGUGACUCCUGUCCGGUUCCCUCUCCGCGCGCCCCGGUGAUCCUCCCACACAUGUGGAGGUAACCUCAGAGUUUGACAGCCACUGUCUCUCCGGUGGUGACGGCAGCGCACCGGCGGGCAGCCAGCUCCGUGCGCCCGGAGACGCGGCCAGCAUGCUGUGCGCCUGGGAGGACUCGUGGAACAUGACGGACACAAACUGCAGCGAUGGGUUCAACUUGACGCAUCAGCCGCAGCCCGCCGCCACCAUCAUCGGGAGGAGGAACGACACCGACCCGUUCGGACGGAACGAGGAGGUGGCCAAACUCGAGAUCACCGUCCUGAGCCUCGCCUUCGUCGCGGCGGUGGUGGGCAACGUGAGCGUGCUGCUGGCCAUGUACAAGACCCGGCGGAAACCGUCGCGCAUGCACCUGUUCAUGAAGCACCUGAGCCUCGCGGACCUGGUGGUGGCCGUGUUCCAGGUGCUGCCGCAGCUCUGCUGGGAGAUCACCUUCCGCUUCUACGGCCCGGACUUCCUGUGCCGCAUCGUGAAGCACCUGCAGGUGCUCGGCAUGUUCGCCUCCACCUACAUGAUGGUGAUGAUGACCCUGGACCGCUACAUCGCCAUCUGCCACCCGCUGCAGACGCUCCAGCAGCCGACGCAGCGCGCGCACAUCAUGAUCGGCUCCACGUGGGUGUGCAGCCUGGUGCUCAGCACCCCGCAGUACUUCAUCUUCUCCCUGAGCGAGGUGCACCCCGGCUCGGGCGUCCACGACUGCUGGGCUCACUUCAUGGAGCCGUGGGGGCUGCGCGCCUACAUCACCUGGAUGACGGCCGGGAUCUUCCUCGUGCCCGUGGCCGUGCUCGUGUUCUGCUACGGACUCAUCUGCCGCACCAUCUGGAGGAACCUGAAAUAUAAGACCCGGACGAGGAGGACGGUGGCGGAGGCCAACAGGAGCGGGAUGCUGGGCCGGAGCUCCGUGAGCAGCGUCAGCACCAUCUCGCGCGCAAAAUUACGCACGGUGAAGAUGACUUUCGUGAUCGUGCUGGCGUACGUGGUGUGCUGGGCGCCUUUCUUCACCGUGCAGAUGUGGUCAGUGUGGGACAAGACCUUCUCCUGGCACGACUCUGAGAACACCACGGUGACGCUCACCGCCCUGCUGGCCAGCCUAAACAGCUGCUGUAACCCCUGGAUCUACAUGAUCUUCAGCGGUCACCUCCUCUCUGACUUCGCCAGCAGCCUGCCGUGCUGGCGCUCGCUGAGGGGAAAGUUAGGCCACCAGGAUUCUGACAGCAGCAUCCGCCGCACCACGCUGCUGUCCCGCCUGCAGGGCCCGCGUCUCUCUGAGCCGUUUAGAGACCUCAACCCUCCUCCCAAAAACUGUCCACAGGUCCCAUCUGCGUCCUGACCGCUGGGAACACUGCUGUGUGUCUGAUUGGCUAAAACGACACAGAAAACAUGAGCUGGUCUCAAUCUGCUGGUUCAUAGCAGCGACGGAAGGUAUGACCUCAUCUCAGGGUGCGGUCACGCCUGCAGCUUGUUUUCUUUGGUCCGAUCCAGAGUGGAAACGUUUACUCUGUGGCAAAUAUUUGCUGUUUGUUUCUUAAGCUGUUGGAAAAGAGCUCUAAUCACUCUCAGUCUGCAGGGUCAGAGAAUUCAGGGGUUAAACAGAAACAAAUCCACUCACUUUAAACUCAAGUGUUUUCCAGUCUGGAUCCUCUCCUCACAUGUUUCUGUGUUUAAGAGACUGAUGGGAACAAAACCACUUGAAACUGGUCCAGUGCAGUGAUGUCAGUGUUGGUUCAUUAUGCUUUCAAUAGUCCGACACCCAUCAGCUGCUAACUAACCAGCUAAAAUGAUGUGAAAUACCAGACAAAUGUCCAUUUAAUGGGCGCUCCACUGACUCACUGACCAGCGUCGCAUUUCAAAGUUCUCUCUUUUUAGACGUGGCGACAAUUUGAUGUUUUGUGAUGUAAAUGUUUUACCCAGCUAGCUGUGUUAACAUGAAAACAUAGUGCCCAGUGCCCACCCUCCAGUCUCCACUGGUUAGCUAACGUUAGCCUUGACCACUAUGCACUCACGCAGCCGGGUUGGGUGGGAGCUAGCUAGCGGCGCCACAGCAAUACCAACCAUGAUGGUAUUGCUGCAGAAACAUGAGCCCCUUUUACACUGCCAGAUUUUCGGUGAAUGUUGGGCCGUUUUGCCGGCAAGCUGCGAGCGUUUAGACACACAGAGCCGGAUUGGCGAGUUGAUCCGAGGUGCCCAAUUUUCCGCCUCGUAGGGUAGACAUAUUGGUGGAACCCUUUUAGUUUAAACAGACCGAGGCGGCCUUCCGCAACGGGAGGGGCUGUUGAUGACUUGUGGGAGGAGCUGUUGAUGACGCCGCACGUGCGAGCCACUGGCGGUGGAUAAACAGGAAACAGCUGAUAGCAGGAAUUAGCGAGCAGCUAGUAGCAAGAGGGAAACACAAACCUGACAGACACUGUAAAGAUGAGCAACUGGGGAGACAAGGAAUUGCGCGCCCUCCUUGUCCUCGCAAACGAAGAGGCCAUUAACCGUCAGAUGACGGGGACGGUGAAGAACGGGCCGACUUACGAGAGAAUCGCCGAAGGACUGACCAGCCGCGGCUUCCCUCCCACGUCACUGUUUACGUCACACGCUGAGCUACACGUUUUGUUACUUGCUCACGCCCCCCAUUGCCCCGAAAAAGGCACAUUCUGUAUAAACAAAAGUAGGUAGGCGGCAUUUUGCUGCACUCCCUGAUUUUGUUUUUAUACUGCCAAUGCUGAAAAAACACUGAUUGGGCUUUCCUGCAAAUUUGCACAACUCCUGUUUAAACAGGGUUGUGGUGCUCACCCUCCAGUCUCCCCCCGGGUCGCCCCGAUGAGUAAGCAGCUUCAUUUUGAUUCGCAAACCCUCUUUAGUAUUGUCAACUCUAUUAGCACCACGAGCUGUGCUAACACUGCUAAUGGUGCUAACAGAGCUAACUAAGUUACAGAGUUUUUUCACAGCCUAUUUUAACUGAAAACUGUGUGUGUCAUGUGGGAGAAAUAGGCAAGGAUUUUGCGGGCAGUGUGGACCAGACGUUAGAAUAACAAUCUGAGCCUAUCAGUGACAAAAACAAAGUGUGGACGGACACUGACGGUGUGAACAGAGUGGUUACAUUACAGCCUGUUUCACUGCUGCAGCCUCAUCAGUCACUGAGACACAGGAACAUGGGGAACAGAGUCCAAGCUGAAACGUACUGACGGCAAUCUUUAUCUGUUAUUAGCAUGGUGGUCUUGUCUGCACUCUUUGCUGUAGUUUAGCUUCUUUAGAACUGAGAUUCAUUUUGUGACACAUGAGGAAACUGCUGCUUUCAUAUGUCAACAUUCUCUUUAUACCCAUGAACCCUGGUGCUGUCGGGCUGUUUCCUGUGGAUUUUCAGAUUACAGUCAGUGAGUAAACUUUGUAAAAAGGAGCCAACCUCUCCCACAUUUUGACCACAGAGCUAGUUAUGAAAAUGAUGUGGAUGUGACGACUGACGGGACCAAGUCAGAGCCGCUCUGUUCCCGUCUGGGUCGGCCAGUGUUGACGGCCUGCAGAUAAAAUCAGACACUGUUUGAUAUUUAAAGAGUCUAAUCUGAAGUCUUUAGGUUCAGUCGCUGCAGGUCGUUUUCAUAAAGAUUAUUUUAAACAUGUUUGGUAUUUGAUAUCACCAUCAUACAUCAAGCUAUCCAAAUAUAUUUCUCUAAGUUUAAGGGAUUACACACAUGCACAGAAAUGAUUUACAGCAGAGUUGCUACACUUUUUAAAAGGUACUGGAGCUGCAGCUCAUGGCUUUUCUCCCGAUCAAUUAAUCAGAGUUAUUUUUGUAAUUAUUGAUUAAUGGUUCGGUCUAUAGAAUGUCAGAAAUGUAAGCAGAGAGAUUUUCCAAAAACAAAGUUUACAUACUCAAAUCCUUUGUUUUGUCCAACCUUCAAUCAGAAACCCGAAAGAUGCUCAGUUUACUGUCAGAGAAGACAAAGACAACCAAAUAUUUAUAGUAGACGGGCUGGAAACAGGGAAUUCUGGGUAAGCCUCUUUAAAAAACAACUUAAAAAACAAACCAGAGUCACUGCCCCGCAGUUGUAUCUCUCUGCAGUUUAUAUCCACGUCUGUCAAAAUGGAGCCACGACAGCUGACUUCACACACAGAAGAUCUGACCAAAUGUCUCCCCUUCUGUUCCUGAGAUAUGACGUUAAAACAUGAUGAUGUCACAGUCAGGCUGACCUUUGACCUUUGACCUUCAUUAUUUUAUUCUGUUAGACAUUUGUGUCAAGUUUGGUCAGAAAGUGGAUGAAUUCUUCAGUUAUGGCCAAAAACAUAUUUAUGAGGUCACACUGACCUUUGACCUCCAAAUUCUAGUCCAUUCAUUCUUGAAUAAAAGUGGACAUUUGUGCCAAAUUUGAUUAAACUCCUGCAAGACCUCCUUCAGAUAUUGCAUUCAUAAGAAUGAGAUGGAUGCAAGUUCAAAGUGCCCUUGACCUUUGACCACUAAAACAUAAUCAGUUUAUCAUUGGGUCAAACUGAACGUUUGUGCCAAAUUUAAAGAAAUGUGUUUUUCAGAUUUCAUGUUCACAAGAAUGAGACAGAGGAGGUCGCGGUGAUCUUUGACCACCAAAUUCUAAUCAGCUCAUCGUUGAGUCCAAGUGGACGUUUGUGCCAAAUUUGAAGAAAUUCCUUGAAGGUGCUUUUGAGAUUUUAUGUUCACAAGAAAGGGACAGACAACCGGAAAACACGAUGCCUCCGUCCGUGGCUAUCGCCAGCGCCAAGGCAUAAAAACGCCUUCUAACAACUCAACUCUGAAAUGUUGGAAGAUUAUUUUCUAUCAGCUCUAAAACGUGCAGAGUCUCCUCUGUUUCCACGUCACAGUGUUACAGUUGAGUUUGUGAUUAAAUGUCCUGGACUGUUUUUAUUUUUACAGUCGUACAAAGUUAUAUUGAAGUUAAUGUGAGCUGAUUCACAUCGUGUAGAUUAUUAUCAGCUGAUCACUGUGGUUUUAAAUGGAGGUGAAUAAUAAAGAAAACUAAUUUAAUGUUUAAUAAAGUUCGUUAAAGGUUGUUCAAACUGCACUUUGUUUAACAGAAACAGCAUGAACACACACACACACACUCCUCAGAGACUCAUUCCCAGCUGUGUUGUUGUUGCUGUAAAGAUGUUUUAUCACUGUAAUGUUUUCUGUCAUCUAUAUAUUGUUGUUGUAAAAUAUAUAUACUGCACAUGUUGUAAAU